GGGCAGCAAGCGACCGAAGGGUUCGCCAAACACACCACGGCGCCAGCUGGCUUUUUCCGUGUGUGGCCACCUGCUCGGGAGGCACUAAGCCGUGUGGAGAUCGGACUCUCUUGGAUAUAUUUAGGUUGGAUGGGAGGGCGAGGCUCCCGUUGUUAUCCUCGGUUGCCACGAACGCACCAGGGAGAUGGGGCUGUUAGGAGCGAUUGUGGCGCAUCCGGAGGAGCUCUACCCCAUGGUAAAGCUUAAGAUGUCCAUGGACCGCGUGCGACGCCAGAUCCCGGCGGAGCCCCACUGGCACUUCUCCUACUCCAUGCUCCAGAAAGUCUCGCGCAGCUUCGCUCUUGUCAUCCAGCAGUUACGCCCACAGCUCCGGAAUGCGGUCUGCAUUUUCUAUCUGGUUCUCAGAGCCCUAGAUACAGUUGAGGAUGAUACAAGUAUACCUUCUGAUAUCAAAGUACCCAUUUUGCAGAGCUUUUACUGUCACAUAUACGAUAGCCAAUGGCAUUUUUCAUGUGGCACAAAGGAAUACAAAGUUCUGAUGGAAAAAUUUCAUCUCGUCUCAACUGCUUUCCUAGAGCUUGACAGAAGUUAUCAAGAGGCAAUUGAAGAUAUUACCAAGAGAAUGGGUGCAGGAAUGGCAAAGUUCAUAUGCAAGGAGGUGGAAACAGUUGAUGAUUAUGAUGAAUAUUGUCACUAUGUAGCAGGAUUAGUUGGGCUUGGAUUGUCUAAGCUCUUUCAUGCUUCAGGUUCAGAAGAUCUUGCUUCUGAUAACUUGACAAACUCGAUGGGUUUGUUUUUGCAGAAAACAAACAUUAUUCGAGAUUAUUUGGAGGACAUAAAUGAGAUUCCAAAGUCUCGUAUGUUUUGGCCUCGUGAAAUUUGGAGCAAGUAUGCUGACAAGCUUGAGGAUUUCAAAUAUGCUGAGAACUCGACAAAGGCAGUACAAUGCUUGAAUGACUUGGUUACUAAUGCUUUGAUGCACAUAGAAGAUUGUCUGCAUUAUAUGUCUUCAUUAAAAGAUGUCUCAAUUUUCCAGUUCUGUGCCAUUCCACAGAUUAUGGCCAUUGGAACACUAGCUUUAUGCUAUAAUAACAUGCAGGUUUUCAGAGGAGUUGUUAAGAUGAGAAGAGGAUUAACAGCUAGGGUUAUUGCCCAGACAGAGACAAUGGCAGAUGUAUAUGGUGUCUUUUUUGAUUUUUCUUCUUUGUUGGAAUCUAAGAUUAAUGAUGAUGACCCAAAUGCUAGUCUAACUCGUAAGCGUGUACAAGCUGUAAAAGACUGUUGCAUAUCUUCUGGCUUGCUUAACAAAAGGAAAUUUCAUGUGCACAAUAGGAAAUCCUACACUUCAUUGCUGAUCAUGGUUAUCGUGCUUGUAGUGGCUAUGCUAUUUUCUUUGUCCCGACGCAAAGUAUUAGUAGAUUGAUGAAUGCCAUAAAGAAGGAACUACUAGUUACAGGAUUUUCCGCCAUUCAAAUAUGGACUAUGGUGGAUUGGGUGUCCUUGUUGAGGGCACCAUCAAGGAGCUCUUUUCUUCAGCUUGUGUGCAGUUUCUGUGUUCUUGUGAACGAACCAUAUUUUUUAGUUGUGAUGGAAAUGUGAUGGAAUGAACCAUAUUUUUUUUUUUUUGUUAAUGUUUCGUUAUCAAACAUGUUACUGCAAGAUUUCUUGUGAUUACAAUAAGAUCUAUUUGUACCAACCAUACAUUACAAGAGUAUAUAGAGAAUUUUGUCAAGGUA